AUGUCAUCGUUCGUUCCAAAAUCUAGAUCAUACUACAAGAAAACCUUGCCAUUCACAAUAAACACAAACCUCCUUGUGAAACUGCAGGCUCUUUUGCAAAUAGGAUUAUUCGCCUUGGUGAUACUUUACGCAAUCAUCAAUGGGAACCCUAAAACCCCUUCUUCCUCCAAUGUCCCAUCAUCAAUGGACAACAACAGCAAACCUAGCCUAUUAUCGGAUCAAAAAUCGGCAACUGGUAAACGACAAGUGAUCUAUUCGCUAUUUGAUGUGAUCAACCAUAAUAAUCAUUCGUUAUUCAAGUCUAUGUAUUUCAUUGGCACAGCGUUGACCACGGCAUUCAAAUUCCAAGUGUAUUUAUUAUUCAGUCUCAUUGCUUGGAAAUUGUUCCGUGAUUCUAAUUAUUCCAAUAUCAACACCUACACCAAACUUUCUAUAGGGGUCUAUUGGAUCAAGUUUCUCAAUUGGGUAAUUGCCAAUUACAUCACCAUUGACGAUUCGCAAAAAUUCCAAUCAAAGUCGUUUCUUGGGUACCUUAUUUUCUCCAACGUCAGCUAUUACGGGGUGAUUUUCAAGGUUGUCGAUGCCAAUAUUGGAUUAUUCAAAGUUUUGAAUAAACUGUCGAAUUUCAACUCCGGAAGCUUGCCGUAUCGCAAACUAUUCAAGCUUCCGAUCUCACCGAACCUCACUAAUGCCAUGAAACGGAUGGAGUAUCAUCAAUUCUUGAAAAUCAGUUAUUUCCUCUAUACUUUCCUCCAAUUAUACUUGUUCAGAUCAUAUUAUUACCAUCAAAUCUCCAAUGAUUUGAGUUAUUUGAACUUGUACAACACUUUAUCUUGGAUAGUGGUGAUUUGUGACGUGGUAUUGGAUAAUUGGGUGAUAAACAUUUUCGGAUUAGGAAGUAUUGGAAGUGAUCAAGAAACAGGGAGACUACAAAUUACUGGUAAUGACAAGUCGUCAAUCUUGGAAUGA